AUGGGCGCACAGGCACAGAUCACCGGCCAGAUUGCCUCCGUUGACUCUGCCGACAACUACUGCUUCUUCUUGCCACCCAUGGUUGGAGGUGAUAUUGCCGCCAACGAGGACAAGGCCAUUGCCUUCUGCAACAAACCCAACACCCGCGCCCCUGGUGCCAAGAUCUUCCCUCCUGGCUUCGUUCUUUCUACCCACUGGGCUCAGGGUCCUGACUGGGUCCAGAUCUCUGGUCAAAUCGAUCCCGCUCAGUACUCCCUCAACCCUUGCGAUACCGGUGGACAGUAUGACAUCAAGGCCCCUGUCGGCGCCACCUGCGCCGGCUUUGCCCAUUUUGUCAAUGUUAUCGAGCCUGAGAUCGGUGUCUAUGGUAUGAAGUGUUGCCAGCAGAAGGCCGACUGCGAUGUCUCUCACUCUACUUACGGUAUCAAGCGCAUCUACGGCGACAAGACAGACAUCACGGGCCCUCGCGCUGACGGUCCCUUGCCCCUGUCUCUCAAGUGCGUCAACGGCGCCCUCCCUGCCGGCGUCUCCACCUCUGCUCCCUCGAGUGGAAAUGCUACCCCCACAACAGCCUCUGGAUCUGCCAGCACCGUCCCCACUACCAGCAGCGCCUCGACCGCCUCUCAGAAGACCACCGAACCUGAGGGCAAAGUUGAGUCUGACAGCAAGGCCGCCCCCAAUGCUGCUUCGGGCAACAAUAUCAUGAUGGCUGCUACCGCCGUCAUGGCUGCUGCUGCCGGAUUGUUCAUGGCUUAA